GCAAAUCUUUGCCAAGUGAUUCAGAUGGAGCUAGAUCAUGAAAGAAUGUCCUACCUUCUCUAUCAGAUGCUAUGUGGAAUCAAGCACCUUCACUCUGCCGGAAUUAUUCAUCGGGACUUAAAGCCCAGUAAUAUAGUAGUAAAAUCAGACUGCACUUUGAAGAUUCUUGACUUUGGUCUGGCCAGGACUGCAGGAACAAGCUUUAUGAUGACGCCUUACGUAGUGACUCGCUACUACAGAGCGCCUGAGGUCAUCCUAGGCAUGGGCUACAAGGAAAACGUUGACAUUUGGUCAGUUGGGUGCAUCAUGGGAGAAAUGAUCAAAGGUGGUGUUUUGUUCCCAGGUACAGAUCAUAUUGAUCAGUGGAAUAAAGUUAUUGAACAGCUCGGAACACCAUGUCCUGAAUUCAUGAAGAAACUGCAACCAACAGUAAGGACUUAUGUUGAAAACAGACCUAAAUAUGCUGGAUACAGCUUUGAGAAACUCUUCCCUGAUGUACUUUUCCCAGCUGACUCGGAACACAACAAACUUAAAGCCAGCCAGGCAAGGGAUUUGUUAUCCAAAAUGCUGGUAAUAGAUGCAUCUAAAAGGAUCUCUGUAGAUGAAGCUCUCCAGCACCCAUAUAUCAAUGUCUGGUAUGAUCCUUCUGAAGCAGAAGCUCCACCACCAAAGAUACCUGAUAAGCAAUUAGAUGAAAGGGAGCACACAAUAGAAGAGUGGAAAGAAUUGAUAUAUAAGGAAGUUAUGGACUUGGAAGAGAGAACCAAGAAUGGAGUUAUACGGGGGCAGCCUUCUCCUUUAGCACAGGUGCAGCAGUGAUCAAUGGCUCUCAGCAUCCAUCGUCAUCGUCGUCUGUCAAUGAUGUGUCUUCAAUGUCAACAGAUCCGACUUUGGCCUCAGAUACGGACAGCAGUCUAGAAGCAUCAGCUGGACCUCUGGGCUGCUGUAGAUGACUACUUGGGCCUUGGGGUGGGGGGCGGGGAGGGACGGGGAGUCGGUUAGUCAUUGAUAGAACUACUUCGAAAACAAUUCAGUG